GCAGGACCAGCUUCUAGAAGCUCAUUGCGGUGGUGUUGGUUCUGGCUGCGGGUCCUGACGCAGUUUCUGCAAGACCAGAAAGUGACUCCUUGGAACACUUGAUAUUUUGCUGGAGAGUGCCUGUCGGUGGUCUGUGCUGACACUCACAGUCUAAAGGGGCCUGGAUUCCUCCUGGGGAUACACGUUAGAAGCCGUAAUAGCCUGAACGAGAUGACAGCCAUCUCCGCAGACCCUCCAACUCUGGUCGCAAGUGAACAAAACAGGGUCCUAAGGAUGGAGACCACUGGAGAUCAAGAAGCUCUCCUAAGAGGAGACGUUGCUGACCCAGAGUCUUUCAGGCAGAGGUUUAGGUGGUUUUGUUACUCAGAAGAGGCUGGACCCAGAAAAACCCUGAAUCAACUGUGGGAGCUCUGCACUCAGUGGCUGAGACCAGACAUUCACACAAAGGAGCAGAUUCUAGAGCUUUUGGUCUUUGAGCAGUUCCUAACCAUUUUACCUGCAGAGGUCAGGAUUUGGGUAAAAUCCCAACAUCCUGAGAGUAGCGAGGAAGUGGUGACCCUAGUAGAGGAUUUGACCCAAAUGCUUGAAGAAAAGGAAGAUCCAGUUUCUCAAGAUUAUGCUGUUUCCCAAGAGGAGAACCCUGAAGAAAAUAAAACGGUUUCUGUUCUUCCCAGUACUGAGUCCCAGGAAUCCAUGACGCUCAAGGAUGUGGCUGUGACCUUCUCCAGAGGAGAGUGGAGGAAGCUGGAGCCCUUUCAGAAGGACAUAUAUAAGGAGGUGCUGCUGGAGAACUUUAGGAGCCUAGAGUUUCUGGGCUUUCCAGUUUCGAAAUUAGAUUUGAUCUCCCAGCUAAAGUGGGCUGGAUUGCCACGGCUGCUGCAGAAAAUCUCAAAAAGCUCCAGACGAGAGUGUGAACUUAGCGGUGAAUGGAAGGAAUCUGGUGGCAAUCAAGACGUUCUUGUGGAAGAAUCGACUUUAGAUAAAAUAAUAGAAAGAUAUCUAAUGAAUAGGGAUUGUAACUUGACAGGAGAGUCCUGGAAACGUUCUGGCAGAUUAGAGGAGGGUCGUAGUGAUAAGGAACAUUCACAAGUAGCAGCCACACAAAAGAGCCCCUUUGGAAAUAGCUUCAAACCACCUUCAAACCUAAUUAAACACCUGAGAGUCUAUUUAAGGAAGAAAUCUCGGAGGUAUAACGAAUGCAAGAAACCCUUUAGUUUUCAUUCAGAUCUUGUUCCGAACCGCAAAGAACAUGGUGGAGAAAAGCCACGAAAAUGUAAUGAAGGCAGGAAAGCCUUAAGUCACUCUUCCUCUCUGACUGAACAUCAGAAACAUCAGAAAAUGCAUUUUGGGGGGAAGACCCACAAGUGCAGUAACUGUGGGGUAGCCUUUACUCAAAGCUCAUCCCUUGGUAAGAAAAAGAGCUCUAUAUGUGAAAAAUGUAGGAAAAAUUUAAGUCAAGAUACAACCGUAGAUAAAGAUGAGGGAGCUGAGAGUGGGGAAAAAACCCAUACCUGUAGCAAAUGUGGAAAAGCCUUUGGCUAUAGUGCCUCACUGACAAAACAUAGGAGAAUUCACACUGGAGAAAAACCCUAUAUGUGCAAUGAGUGUGGAAAAGCUUUCAGUGACAGCUCGUCACUCACACCACAUCAUAGAACCCACAGUGGAGAGAAGCCCUUCAAGUGCGAUGACUGUGGAAAAUCUUUCACCCUAAGCGCCCACCUCAUUAAACAUCAGCGAGUUCAUACUGGAGAGAAACCCUAUAAAUGUAAGGAGUGUGGGAGGCCCUUUAGUGACAGCUCAUCUCUCAUUCAGCAUCAGCGAAUUCAUACUGGAGAGAAACCCUACACAUGUAACAAUUGUGGAAAAUCCUUCAGUCAUAGCUCAUCCCUUUCCAAACAUCAGAGAAUUCAUACUGGAGAGAAACCCUAUAAGUGUGGUGAGUGUGGGAAAGCCUUCAGACAGAAUUCUUGCCUUACUCGCCAUCAGAGAAUUCACACUGGAGAGAAACCGUAUUUGUGUAAUGAUUGCGGGAUGACUUUUAGCCAUUUCACAUCUGUCAUUUAUCACCAGAGACUGCAUUCAGGAGAGAAACCCUACAAGUGUACCCAGUGUGAGAAAGCCUUCCCCACUCAUUCGCUCCUUAGCCGUCAUCAGAGAAUUCAUACGGGCGUGAAGCCUUAUAAAUGUAAGGACUGUGGAAAAUCCUUCAGUCAGAGCUCAUCUCUUAACGAACAUCAUCGGAUUCACACUGGAGAGAAACCCUAUGAGUGUAACUAUUGUGGGGCAACCUUCAGUCGAAGCUCCAUCCUUGUAGAACACCUGAAGAUUCAUACCGGAAGGAGAGAGUACGAGUGCAACGAAUGUGAGAAGACGUUCAAGAGUAACUCGGGCCUCAUCAGACAUAGGGGCUUUCAUUCUACAGAGUAAUUCUUGGAAUAUAGUAAGGUCGGGGGGAAAUUUAGUCACAGUUUCCCUGAUUAAAAACCUGAGGUGUAAAUUCCCACAGCCUUGAUGAAUAGCUGCAACUCUGAUGGGUUGGCAGCUGGAAACAAUAUGCUUUCUGUCAUUCACCCCUCUUCUUGGCAAGGAUGUUUACUUUGGUAGGUAGUGAGAGGGUUGGUAAAGGCAUGUGAAAAAAGAAGAAAGUAGUAGGAGAUGGGAAAUAAUUCUAAAAGGCCAAAUGUGAAUAUAAAUGCAGGAGAGGGGUGCACAGGGCCCACCUUACCAACCUCUUCAGAUUUCCCUCUCUCCUAGCUUCCCCUUCACUACUGGCUAGUGUUACUGAAAGAGGACCUGACUGGAGCCAGGUAACCCUGUUCAGUCCCAGUUUGCUGACCAACUCCCUCUAACCUUGGACAAACCAUUUGACCUUUCUGAAUUGUUUCUUUUUUUGGUAGAACGAAGGGAUGGGACUAAUCGUUUCUGAGGUUUCUUUUCUUUUUCUUUGACUCUGAUACUUUCUCUGAUACUCUCUGAGGCUGUGGGAAUAAGUUUAACAUUUUGGAUUCAUUGUAGAAAAGAACUCAUUUAAGCUACUGAACUUGUGGCUGAGUGAGAAUGCAGGAUGCUCUUUGAAAACGUGAUGGCCAGAACUGCUAGAACGCUACGCACAGGAACAAGUCAGUAAACUGCCUUCAGGGACUGCUUUGGGCAAAGCACCCAGCCUCUUCUUCUGGACAUUGGCUCUGGGCUUGGGAGUCUUGAUGAUGUGCUUCUGGGCCAUCUCAGCCAUGCGAGUAAAAGGCCUGGGAAAAUAGG